AUGCAACAUACACUUCUUAUUUCGUUGUUGUUACCGCUUUACUACGCUUCGAACCUUGAUUACAUGGAGAAGGCGGACAAUGAAUGCUGUGAUGACGGGUGCUUUGAGCCGAGGCGAUGCAAUCUAAAGCUGGGCGAUGCGUUGCUCACUGGCGAGAACUCUCGCAGGUUCAGGGCUGAGACACAUAAAUGCGUGUGGGAAAAGGCGCGCUGCGACGACACGAAGGAAUGCAUCGUGCCGUGCUUUACAGCGGCAAGGAGCAAAUGUGCACCGUCAUCGGCAUCGGCAUGCAAGCCGCUCGAUGUUGAGAUGUACAUCCAGGGCGUGUGCUGCUUCCUGCGUGAGAAUGACUGUCUGCCCACCCAGGAGAUUUGCAAAAUGAUCCGCAUAUUCUUCUUCAUCUUCAAAGGGGAUCUCCGACGAAUCACCAUUCUGUUGGCGCACUGCAUCCACAACACAAGCGGAUUUAAAUACCUGGUUGAUCGGAACAGGUGUGGGGAAAUUGGCCCGUACAUAUCGAGAGGUAUUCUGCAGGUGAGGGGUGAAAAGAAUUAUUUGUUGGCAGACAUGAACGGCUACUUCGUGAGGUGCCCAGAGGAGAUGGCCAGCUUGAGCGAUAUUGCCAUCAAAGGUGCAAUUAACGUAUAUUCGGCCGUGGUUGGUAUUGAAGCGCAGUGCACAUUUAUCGGGUCGUGGAUAAAGCUCAACCCGUUGGAGGUGCAGGGCACUAACUACAGGCAGCAAUACUUCAUGAAGGUUAUAAUCGGCCGAUUGAACGUGUACUUUGCACUCUGUCAGACGCUGGGCCUGCCAAUCUUCUUAGGUCCGAUCGACUGCCCGUUCCUGUACUUCUGUAGGCCGUACAUCGUGGGGGUGUGCAAGGCUGUGAAUGAGAAGGUUACGCUCAGAGUCCGCCGAUCAAGAGAUAGCAGUUGCUCGUCAGAGAGGGAUUGCGGAUACGGACCGGCAUACGAGUCACCAAGACACACACCCAACUUGUACUCAGGUAGGAUUUUCGGCUACGGCAAGUUCGAGUGCGAUACAGGUCGUUCAUUUGGCCAUGGAAGGUUCCCAAGACACGGUAGUGAAUCGUCAUGCUCAAGCGAGUGCAGCAGCCAGUACUUUGGAGCGUCGGAGUGCAGAAGAGAACGCGAAUCGCGUUGCACGCCCUUCGGCGUUUACUGAAUAAGAAUGGCGCGCAGAUAUGAGGCGUAGAUUUUGGUGAUGUGAAUAAACGUUGAUAAAUAAAAAUGUCUUGUAGAA